GCGGCUUGUUUAAGUGUCCACACAAACACACUGAUGCAUGCAGAAGCUCCUUUGCAUAAAUGUUUGUGAGGGAGAAAAUGUUGGGAGGGGGGAUUGUUUACUCAAGAAUUUUCUCUUGGAGUGAAAUUAUGGUUUCAUUCAUGUUUUACUAUUUUCUCUGGCUUGCACUCCCUUAAGGAGGAAUGCCUUAGAAAAUUAUUGAAUUAAUAUUUUAAAUGUAUCGUCUAACAAUUAGAUUUACUUUACAGUUAAGAAUUGCCUGAAGUCUGCAUGCACUUGUGUUGCAUUGGCCUCAGAGAGCAUAAUAGUGAGUGCUCAUCUGCCUGUCAACACUUAUGUUUGGAUGCUGUUUAGAAGGAUGAUGUCAUUGGAGAGCAGUGGGAGGGUGCGGUGGGCUAUUGAGGCACUAGGAUGGGUCGUGGAGUCUCCGUAUUCGACCGUGAUACCUCCCCAGAGAGGGUCUCCUUACCAUCAUCUCUCCAUUAAAAAUCUAUUAUCUCUGCAGUGGGCUUGUGGCUCUGCCAGUAUGGAUUCUUUAACCAAUUAAGCACUUUAAUGGAGAGCAGAAUGCAUGUUGAGGAAGAUGACCGUUCAUGUGUUCUAUUGAAGUGAUGAAAUAGUUUUCCCGGUCUGGAGUCAAAAAAGUGGAAAAGUCAAAGAAAUGUUCAUUGACUGUAGUGAUCAGAGCAUUACAGCUGAAUUGGCGAGGAAAAAAGCGAGGCUCAGAGGGUGUUGACAUUUUGUAUUAUUGAUUUCUUUCUUUAUUUUUCAGUUUCCAGGUCGACCCUCCCUCCUGUGGUUUGCUGUGCCCUUGGCAUAUAGUAAGAGUGGCCCUUUCCCUCAGCCACUCCUCCCAUCACCCCUCUCUGUGCUUUGUGCUCGCACCCUCCGUAAUCUGUCAUCAUUGGUGUGUGUGGUGAGCAGCAGCGGCAAAGAUGACGGAGUAUAAGCUGGUGGUGGUGGGAGCUGGAGGCGUUGGCAAAAGUGCACUCACCAUCCAGCUCAUCCAGAACCACUUUGUGGAUGAAUAUGACCCCACCAUAGAGGAUUCCUACAGGAAACAGGUGGUGAUUGACGGGGAGACCUGCCUGCUAGAUAUCCUGGACACUGCAGGUCAGGAGGAGUACAGUGCCAUGAGGGACCAGUACAUGAGGACAGGAGAGGGCUUCCUCUGUGUCUUCGCCAUCAACAACACCAAGUCCUUUGAGGACAUCCACCAGUACAGAGAACAGAUUAAACGUGUAAAGGACUCAGAUGAUGUUCCAAUGGUGCUUGUGGGAAACAAAUGUGACCUCCCGGCACGCACAGUGGACACAAGGCAAGCCCAUGAACUCGCCCGCUCCUACGGCAUCCCUUACAUUGAGACCUCUGCCAAGACACGACAGGGAGUAGAGGACGCCUUCUACACACUGGUCAGGGAAAUCAGACAACAUAAGCUGAGGAAGCUGAACCCGCCCGAUGAGAGUGGUCAGGACUGUAUGAGCUGUCGCUGUGUGGUGUCAUGAUGCAGUUCACCGUUGCACGUUGAGGAGAAAUGCUACAGCGCGUAGUGACAGCAUGGACUUCGAGAUAGAAAGAUAAAACUACUCAAUGAUGACAUAUAAACUUUUUUCAAAAAGAGGAUGAUGUAAGAAAAAGCUCUCAAGGAAACCACCAGAGCUGACUGAACCAUAGACUUUAUGGAAAGGAGGAUUUGGACUGUUGCCUAAGUGGCUAGCUGAACUAGCCUGGUCCGGCCCCCUUUUUUUGGUCCACGUUGACCUGUGAGCAACACCACUAAUGACUCUUGUCAACUCCAGUGCGGUCUCGCUGGGUAGCUCCACAAGUUUCCUGCUAACUUAUUGUUUUCAGUCUCAACACUGGUCUUAAAGGGGGCGUCUCUGACCUCCUCCCACCUUGAAAGCCUAAUUCCACUCUCCCCUGGCGUCCCACUGGAAGGACCGACUUGACUUAAAUGGAAUGGACUGGAAUGGACAUUUAGUUGCCCCAACACCUCUCACAUAAAUAACCCCCCCACCCCCCCAUCCAUCCCACUCUACCUGCAUUUGGGAUUGGAAGCUGACAUGGGAAUGAUUAUAAUUUCUUGUUGUUGUUUAACAGUUAGCCUAGCAGUAAAAAAAAAUCUGAUUUUGUUUUCUGAUGUGGAACAUCUUUUGUGAUUGGAGGAUUUGAAAGUCGCUGAGCACUAUGUGAACAAGGGUGUUCAUUUCAGAUGGCACCUGGUUUGACAUUUUUCACGACCUGCCUGAUGUAGUUGGGAUUCCCAUUGAUCUGCAGAAAGGAGAAUAUAAAGAUGGAUGAACCUGUUUUCUCCAGAAUUCAGCUGCCUUUUCUUCUUGCAGAUGUUUCUUUACUAAGAGUUGUCUUUGUGGAAUAAUAAUAGUAAUGGCUAGUGUACAUAGGUGCUGGUGCAAUAGGAUUCUUUACUGUCCACUUUAUACAAAGUAUUGGGGGGAAAAACACCUAAUGACUACUUUAUUUUACUUUGGUUUAGGAAGAAGGGGUACAGUGCAUGAAAAUGUAGCUGUUGUCAUCCUCUCAGUUGCUAAAGCUGGAGUGAUUGCCUGUAGGAUACUUAUACAACGACAGUUAACGGUUUUAGACACCAGUUGCUUUUCCCUGCUUUCAUUUCAGCAACGUUAAGGUGUAUAAUUGUUAUUUACUACAUGGUGAUUACAGCUUGUUUUUAGGUUGCAAGAAUCGUUCCUCAUAGUUACUAAGGCUCAGGAAUCAGGGUUCAGGAAGGUCGCAUGAAAUAGUCCUGGAAACGAGGGUUAGGGAUAUCACCAGAGUGUAACGCACAAGUCCUGCCUCAGAAUAGUCAAACUUCAGUUUUCCCACACACCAUACUAUCCUCAAACAGCUCCUCUUUCUCUGCCACUUCUGCUCUUCAACGGAACAAUAACAGGUCAGGUGCUAAUCAUGUCAUAUUUACUGUAAAUGUGGGAAUAUUGUGUGUAAUAGGUGAUGGAUAUUGGGGUUAUGGGGGUGCAGUGCUUUGUGUCUCCAUACGGACUAGUUUGCGCUCUCCACAACUGCAUUGAUUUGCUGCCUAAAAUGAAAAAGACUGCUCUGUGUUUACUUUGCCUUAUAUGUUAGCUAGUUUGUACCUCGUGUAUGCAGCAAGCUCUACCUGAGACAGUUUUUUGUUGUUUUGCCUCAUUGUUUUGUUUGUUCGUGUGCAACUUAAGAAAUACAAAGGCGUGUUGAAUUUAAAUAUGCGCUGUACAGAAUUUGAAUGGCAAGACGAACCCCCAAAACACUACACUUGAUUUUUUUCUCUUUUUUUAAGGGUUUAUCUGUAAUGACGUGUGUCUGAAUGUGAUCCUGUUUAACAUGACUGAAACACACCAAAAGUUAGUAACAGUUCUUAGGACAAAACCCUGUUUAAACCAAUUUGCCUUACUUAAAUGUUCAAUUUAGGUGGUCUGGUGGUGAAUAUCCUUUAAAAAAAUCUUGACAUUACAUUGAAACAUGUUGUUAAUUACUAGAAUGUGUACCUUUUUAAGUCCCCCAAAUUAGAGUGUGCAGAAUUUGUCAUGUAUUAUAAUGGAUGUUCCAGACACUACAGGCAGGUUUUGGCAACAUGCUUCAGAUGCAAACCUCAAAGACAUCUCGGACCUCUUCAGUGAAAAACGUCAAAAGCAAGUUUUUAUUUCUGACCCAGUUGAUUUUGUACAGUUAAAGUGACUCUUCUUUUCACUCAUAACAUGACUCAAAGAAUUAUGAUCAGUCUAGUUACUGUGUGGAUGAUAGUGGUCAAGUUGUUUAAAUCAGUUAACCGUUCAUUCCUCUGCUUGGAGGAAGGAUACGAACUGUGAAUGUGUCUUUAGAUAUUGUUUUUAAGAAGCCUUGUGUUUAAAAUUUACAAUCUUGAAAUAAUGCAGGAUUCCCAUACUUUUGGAGUUGAUCCUAGGUCCUACGUGUGACUGUAUUGCUCCUAACAUUUUAUUUUUCACCCAUUGUACUCAAACCACUUAAUGGAAAAAAAAGUGUGAAGUUUGUAACAUGUAAGUACAGUCCUGAUAGUAUUCUUGUCCUCUCCCUGUCAAUCUUUAUACAGUACAUCCGUAAUAAUACAACGAUUCCACAAAUCUAUGCAUUAAAUUCCCAUUGCAUCAGAAUAUCGGUGUCAUGUUGCCACAAGGAUACUCAGCCAGCAAAACCAUAAGUAUACAUGUCAGAAAACCUGGCAAGCAUGACAAAGACUGUAUGGACCAUUGGGAGUUUUGCACAAGGAUACAGUGGGCUCAAGGGCUUGUUUCUCCCUUGAAAACUGUGGAAUGGAGGUGUGGAAAGAAUUUGUGAAAAUGUCAACUGUUUAGCUAUUUAAGUUGUAUUUACUCUUUAAAAAAAAAAAGGCAAAUGUAUUGCAGGACAGGAAUAAAGAUGUCAAGAUGAAA